UUACCUUUGUCAGCUAUGACUGACUGUUUUGUAUGGAUCUAAUGUUUCUUUUGUUUGAUUUCUAAUAGAGCUUAAAUUGAAGAUGGCAUCGUGUCUGUACGAAUGCCUUUGUGAGGCAGAACUUGAAAAAUAUUAUCCUCAGUUUGUUGCCCUUGGCCUUCAAAAGAUAGAUGAACUAGCCAAGAUUGCCAUGAAAGAUUAUGCCAAACUAGGGGUCCAUAACAUGAAUGAUCGCAAGCGCCUCUUUCAACUCAUUAGAAUCAUCAAAAUUAUGCAGGAAGAAGAAGAAGGAGCAGGCACAACCAAGCAAGAUUUUCAACCAUGUGACCUCUACAUCCAACCUCAGGUGACCAGGUCAGGUCCUCGUAGACAACUACAUUUUGAGUCCCUCUUUGAGAAAAAGGAUGGAACAGUUAAAGACUGUGAACUUGAAUUGCAGAGUUUCUCUGAUUUCUGUACUAACAAAGAGAAGGAAAGUUUGGUGGAAAUGUUAGGACAUGUUCUACCAGGGGACUCAGAGGACAAUAAAAUAACCAGAAGAGACAUCCUGAAUGUUCCUGGAACAUGCACGCAAAAUGAACUGGACUGUCCUACAAUAUAUUCAUCAAAUAAUAUUGCCCAUCUGUUGGGGGAUUCUGAAGCUCCCAUCAUACAGAGAGUGACUCAUAUUUCUGGGUAUAAUUAUGGACUACCUCAUUCUUGUAUCAGAUCUAGUACCUCUGAGAAGGAGAUGCCGUGGACAGAGACUGACAAAAUCCGAGUGUGUGUCAGAAAACGUCCGCUGGGCCUGAGAGAGGAGCGGCGGGGGGAAGUUAAUAUCAUCAGAGUGGAAGAUAAAGAAACUCUUCUUCUCCAUGAGAAGAAGGAGGCAGUUGAUCUUACCCAAUACAUUUUGCAGCAUGUUUUUUAUUUUGAUGAAGUCUUUGGGGAGGCAUGUACCAAUCAGGAUGUGUAUAUGAAGACUGCGCACCCCCUCAUUCAGCACAUUUUUAACGGCGGCAACGCCACUUGCUUUGCAUAUGGACAGACUGGUGCUGGCAAGACUUACACUAUGAUAGGGAGUCACCAGAACCCAGGACUCUAUGCACUGGCUGCUAAAGACAUCUUUAGACAACUAGAGUCAUCCCAGUCAAGGAGAGAGCUCUGUGUAUGGAUCAGUUUUUAUGAGAUCUACUGUGGACAGCUUUAUGACCUGCUAAAUGGAAGGAGAAGACUUUUUGCAAGAGAAGAUAGUAAGCAUGUUGUACAAAUAGUUGGCCUGCGUGAGGUUCAAGUGGAUACCGUAGACCUACUGUUAGAGGUAAUUUUGAAGGGUGGAAAGGAGCGUAGCACUGGGGCAACUGGAGUCAACUCAGAUUCCUCCCGUUCUCAUGCUAUCAUCCAGAUUCAGAUUAAAGACUCUGCAAACAGAACAUUUGGGAGGAUCUCUUUCAUUGACUUGGCUGGCAGCGAGAGGGCAGCUGAUGCCAGAGACUCAGACAAACAAACAAAAAUGGAAGGAGCAGAAAUAAACCAAAGCCUUUUAGCUUUAAAGGAAUGUAUUCGGGCUCUGGAUCAGGAACAUGCUCAUACUCCUUUCCGGCAAAGCAAAUUAACUCAGGUACUAAAAGAUUCUUUCAUUGGAAAUUCUAAGACGUGUAUGAUAGCUAAUGUGUCACCUAGCCACAUAGCUACAGAACAUACCCUGAACACGUUAAGAUAUGCUGACAGGGUAAAAGAACUGAAGAAAGGGAUUAAAUGUUGUACCCCUGUCACAAACAGACAUCGGAUAGCUGGAAAUGUAUCUCCAAAACGGAUCCAAAACUCUCCUUCCACGCACAUGGGAGAUAAGAGCUCUCCAAAGAAAGUAAAACUAGGACUUCAUCAUCCUUUAAGUUCUUUGAGAAUAAAGGCAUCCCCGUCAGUGUUCCAUCCAACCAAUGUCCCUUUUUCCUCUACCCCAAAAGGAGCCAAGGGUCAUGCCCACAAAGGAAAUCCAAGCUCACCAUGGCUCAAUCACACCAGUCCCAUUAAAGGAAUGCUAAAGAUAGGGCAUCCCAUGAAGAAAAAGACUGAUGAUCUGACACUGCCGUCUGAGAAGCAUCAUACUGCAAAAGAUUUUGUUGUCGCUACAACUGCAGUCCCAGAGACAAGAGAGAGUGGGCAAGGAGAUAAUUGUAUUCAAGAUAAACAACCUGUCAGAUGCCUGAAAGUACAGACUGUGCAACCUGUACAAAAGCAGCUCAUUUCCAGAAAUGGCUUUUCCUUUGGAGAUGGAAAUCACCCAUCAGACAGCAGUCAGUGCUCUGCAAAUGUUUUUACCAAACAGUGCAUUGAAACCUGGGCAAAUCUCCCUCCACAUCAGAAAGAAAGAGAACAACAUUUGCGCCUUUACCACCAGCAGUUUCAGCAGCCACCUAUUCUACAGCAGAAGUUGAACUAUCAACCACUUGAGAGGUUUUUAGCCCAAUACAAGCCCCAGGAAACUGGAGUUAAACAAGACCGGACCCUUCCUCCCACGGACUCACAAUGCAAAGAGGGGGUGCUGCUGGAAGACCUGGACGACAGUGAUUUUAGUGAAGACUCUUUCUCACCUAUAUCCAACCAAAGGAAAGUUAAAAGAAACACCAGUGAGAGCAGCCAACUUUCAUUUUUCCUUCAUCGGAGAGAACAAGAAAGUGAGGAGGAGAAAGGCCAAGAGAGACAGGGUUUAUUUUUUGAACAUGCAACACACACACACGAGCAUGAACUUACUGACAGCUGGGAUUAUGGGAAGGGCUUUGCAUUUCCAGAACCGGGGGAGCCCAUUAGAGAUGGAGAAAGCAGCAAGACUCAGUCUGACUGGAGCACAGAGGAUGACUUCACUAUUGAUUCUUCUGUGAACAAUAAUACUGCAGAAAAACCUUAUUGCUUGCGGGAAGAACUUGUCAGUAACUGGAAAAACAGCAAGGAUUUACCAGCUGAUCAUAAACAAUACAAAUCUGAAUACAGACCUCUAGUUUAUCCCGGUGAAAGCUCCACGUUCCCAGAAAAGGGGACACAAAGUCCACAUGUUCCCCACGCAUUGGAUUCAGGGACUACAAAAUGCAACAAGAUCAGCCUUCCACAUGCACAAAGGGAAGAAUCCAUCAAAGACGGACAAGCUCCAGUUGCAGGAAACUUAGAAGGGAAGAAACUAAAAAAUGGAACUAGCCCCUGUGGAGCUUUUAAUACUUCAUCAGAAUUCACUUCUGAGCUGAUGGCCCCUCUGACAAUGUCUCUCCUUGACAGUGAGGAGGCAGCUGAUCCAGAGAACAUCCUUUCUGAUCAGGAAAAGGCUCUCCAAGUGAAACAGAUGUUGGAAAGAAAAAACACUAGCCCCAGCAAAAGGUUAGAGGGAGAGGCCAGGCAGUUUCUUAGAAAUAAAGCCUCACCAACAGGCAGCAUGCCAGAGCUGGGUGAACAAAUGGACCACAGUGAAAGGAAGUCCACUCUGCAGCACUCCCCACAAACUGAGAACAAGUGGCUCUCACAGUCCUCUUGUGAUGCAAAGCCUUCUUGUAGCUCUGGAGGUUCAUCUCCAUGGAACACACAUCCAAGUUCUAUUAAUGGUUUAUUUGUCCGAGAUGAAGACUUGACAAAAGCAUCAGCAUCUGUCAGAGUCAAAAACCCUUGUGGAGAGAAUGAAGAUGAAUUGUUUCUUCAUAACUUAAAGUGCAGAGAAUACCUGGAUAACAGCAGGCAGUAUGAUGCUGAUACUGAGAAUACCACUGGUAGCCUGCUGAGCGGCCCAGAAAAAUCUAGCCUGGGUAAAGGACCCAAUGUGGGGCCCGCAUCUCAGACUGUACAUGUUGAUUUGCCUGAAAAGGGUUAUUUUUCAUGUGCACCAUCCAUUCUGAAUGCAGGAAGAGUGGAGGGUACAACUUCAUCCCCCUCUAGAGAAAGCAGCCCACUGCAGCCCAGGUCAGAAUUCAGGAGCAAGGACUUGAACCAUUCUGAAGAUACAUUCAAGUUGUCAUUCAGUGGUGAGGAAAUAGGGCUGCUUAAGAAUAAACUGAUACAAAGUAUUUUUACACAAGACUGUUUUGAUGCUGCACAACAGGAUUCAAGAUCCGUUACCAAAGAGAUCAGAUCAUUAGCAAAUCAAAACACUCACCCAAAUCCAUCCAUCAUUAGCACCCAGAUUGAUACGUCAGAAACAUCAAACCGGCACAGAGAAGCCCUGGGAAAGGCACAGCAGGUUGUGAUCCAAGCCCAUCGAGAGCAGCUGGAUGAAAUGGCAUCCCUGUGUUUUAAGGAAGAGACCUUGAUAAAUCAGAUGUCGGCAGCAGAUUUUGAAAAUUAUGUGACCAGACUGGACGAAAUCCUGAUGCUGAAAUCAAAGUGUAUCCAAAGCAUGCGAGCCCAACUGCAGCUCUAUUUAGCCUGUCCCGAGACUGACGCUACCCUGCAAAGAACUACAACACCUUAGUCCGCUUCAGAUUGCAUUCAUCCCUCACAGACUAGUUACGGCAACAAAUGCUCACUAUUUCCCCACCUAUGGGGGUUAGGUUCCCCUGCAGCAAGGGAGGUGGUUAGUGUAAAGUUUGGUGUUUACGAUUAACAUAUAUUUUAGAUAAUGGCUGAGAGAAAUUUAAGUAAAUGAGAAAUCUUUAUAGAUCUGGUUUGAAGCCAGGGGCGCUCUAGUCCCAGGUCCACCUUUAUAAUAGGAAAUCAUAUGCUCUGAAGCAAUAAUUCUGUAGCCUUUAAAUGCACCAUGCAAACAGCAGGAGUCCCCGGCUGUGGUUUUCGUACUCGCUCCUCUCGUUAAAGGCACUUGUGUGCUGCUGAGAAACUGACGCAGCCAAGAAAACACUCUGAAACCAGAGAAGUCUGUGAAAAGAAAUAUUCCAGACUUACAAGAACUGUUUUAAAAAGCGAGUGAGGAAAUGGAGGGGAACAGCUGUUUGCUGGAAUAAAAUAACCAGGCAGGUGUUUAAUGCAAGUCUAGUUAGAGCCAGACUGGUGUAUACUUUCAGAAGAACCAAGGAGGUAGCUACAGUCAUUCUGUGCCUUAUACUAACAUUGCAGACCCAGUAUAGAAUGCUUUAAGUGGACAAUAAAUGACUUAUUAGAAGGCUCAUGUGCAAGAGAACUUGCACUGAAAAUUCAUAUGCUGCUGCCUGUAUUGAUUUUACAUUGGUGACAGUUAAUCAGAGAAUCUUGGCCUAGUGGCAGGUGGGAUGGCUGUGGGUCUGUCUAGUGCUGCAGCGUAUGCAAUAGUACAGUUCUCCCAGUCAGAUCAAACUGCAGAACUGAUUUUCCCCCUCAGAGCCAGCUGCAAAAUAUCACCAGCUUGUUGUGUUUGGGUUUAGACACUCAUUAGCCUCACUAGUUCCUGAAGUUGGCUGCUGAAUCUCACACCUCAGAGCCAUCAACUGGAUCCCUCCACAGAUGCAUUGGACAUGUCUCUUAUGUCCCAUGUUUGCUCCACAAAGGAGUAUACCAGCUUAAGCCAUAAGUGACCUUGAAGAAUGUGCAGCUCAGAUCAUGUACUCCAGAAACUGAACACAUUUUAAAAUCUGUU